AUGUCGCUAAAGGAUUUACACGUGCUUUCAGGUGAAUACAAGGUUUACCUUAGCUCUGACAGUAUAAUCCCAUCCGAUGUUGAUGUAGAAGAAAAUGUUACCUAUCCAACAGAGUUUUUGAACAGUGUUAGAGUGGCAGGAAUGCUUAGACAUAAUUUGAAGCUGAAGGUUGGUGCUCCUAUUAUGUGUCUCCGUAUCUUGGAUUUUAUAGAUGGCUUAUGCAAUGGUACUAGGCUAAUUGUUACUCAGUUGCUCCCCCAUAUGAUAGAAGGUAGAAUUAUAACCGGAAACAGUAUUGCUGGAGACAAAGUCUGGAUUCUUAGAAUGUAUGUCAGUCCACCUGACACAAAGUUUCCCUUCAGAAUGCGUCGAAGACAGUUUCCCGUUACAUUGGCUUUCGCGAUGACCAUCAACAAAAGUCAAGGUCAAACACUUGGAAGUGUUGGUUUGUUUUUGCCUAGGCCAGUGUUCUCUCAUGGUCAGCUCUACGUUGCACUUUCAAGAGUUAAGUCGAGAUCUGGAUUAAAAAUCCUAAUAACAUGCAGGAUGGGUGGUGAUGACUAUGAAGAUCGAUACUAUUUCAUUUUCGGAAAAAAGUGUUCUGACUAUUUUGAUCAUGGUAUGUGA